AUGGCUAAAACGGCAAACUGGAUGCGAACCUGGAUUCGUACGUCAGGUCUGCUUAGGACAACCAAGAAAACAGACUGGGACUAUUUCUUGAACACGACUCUAACUGCCAGUGCCCGUCCUGCGCUGCCAGCUACUCUCUCUUGCAUUACUACCACUACGUUCCACCCGUCAGUUCCCUUUGACCAGUAUUCCCUCACCCAGUUUCCAGAAACUGCCCCCGUGACUCUCAAGUCCGACAGACGCGACGAGAGAGGUUCCCAGUCGGGUUCAGAUGACGGUUCCACCUACAACGUGUACAACGACCCCCAGAAGAGCGACGGGGACCAAGACGAUGAUGCCGCCUUAACUUCCCAGAGUCUCAAUGCGGAUGGCACCCCCAAGCGUCCCAUGAACGCUUUCAUGAUUUUCGCUCGCAGACGCCGUCCCCAGGUGUCGGCCGAAAACCAGUCCAUGCGUACCGGCGAAAUAAGCAAGAUUCUUAGCAAAGAAUGGUCCUCCAUGUCACCGAACGACAAGCAGUUUUAUCUUGACCAGGCAAAACAGUUGAAGGAAACCUUCAACUCGAAAUAUCCUGAUUAUGUCUACCGGCGCCGCCCAAAUAACUCUCGCAAGCGCCGAAAAACCGACGGUUCCGGCAUGCGCGCCCCCGACGGGUCCUUGCCCCCCGACGCGGGUGACGACAUGGGUGGCGAUCUCGGCGAACCUUCCCCUUCUGAUGGGGAUGAUUCACAAGCUGAUCCCCUUGACAUGGGCAGCUACUCAAGGAUGAAUCAUCCCCUCGCACUACGAAAUAGUCCUAUCGCGAUGGCCGUCUCCCGUAUGAACGCUUGCACCACUCAGUAUCUUCACCGCGUUUGUCACAAUCAGGGGCACCUGCCUUCACAGUACCCGUAUCUUCAGCGUCACGGCUCCGGUCACUACAACAACGACGGGUCCUCAACUUGGGAAACCUCCAGUAACCGUUCUUCUGGUUCUGGCUGGUUUGGGCCUCCUCAUGAUCGUUCUGCUACGUCCCCUAUCAGCACAAAGUCUCAGUCUUUUCCCCCCCUAUCCUCUCCUAGUUCAUGGCCCAGUCCAAACUCUCCUGGGCCAGGAGCGAGCCCCUCAAGUUCGACGUCGAAUAGCUACUCCUUCCCCACUCUCAACUCCCCCUUUUUCCCCACUCAGGCCCAACUAAGUAACUACCCCGCAGCGUCGUCGCCUACUACCACUAACGGGAGCACCAACUCGUCGCAGUACCAGCUCCCAGCACCUGAGGGGGGCCGGGGAUUUGAUCAUCAUCGCAGUUACACUCCGUCGAGUGGAGGGGGGAACGCGUAUCCUUCGUCACAUAACAGCUCGCGUCACUCCGCUGCUGCCGCUGGGUUACCUCGCGCCUUACCCCCCGUCACGUCCCUUCCCAACUCGCAGUUCCUCCAUCAUAACGGGUCGUCAGGCGCUACUAUCCCUCCAGUAUCUGCGAUUGAUGCAGGGUACUGGAACAGGGAACGGAUACUUGAUGCGUGA